AUGAAUCCACAGAUCAGAAAUCCGAUGGAGUGGAUGUAUCAACGCACAUUCUACUACAACUUUGAAAACGAACCCAUCCUCUAUGGUCGGAGCUACACCUGGCUGUGCUAUGAAGUGAAAAUAAGGAGGGGCCACUCAAAUCUCCUUUGGGACACAGGGGUCUUUCGAGGCCAGAUGUAUUCCCAGCCUGAGCACCACGCAGAAAUGUGCUUCCUCUCUUGGUUCUGUGGCAACCAGCUGUCUGCUUACAAGUGUUUCCAGAUCACCUGGUUUGUAUCCUGGACACCCUGCCCGGACUGUGUGGCGAAGCUGGCCAAAUUCCUGGCUGAGCACCCCAAUGUCACCCUGACCAUCUCCGCCGCCCGCCUCUACUACUACUGGGAAAGAGAUUACCGAAGGGCGCUCUGCAGGCUGAGUCAGGCAGGAGCCCGCGUGAAGAUCAUGGACGAUGAAGAAUUUGCAUACUGCUGGGAAAACUUUGUGUACAAUGAAGGUCAGCCAUUCAUGCCUUGGUACAAAUUCGAUGACAAUUAUGCAUUCCUGCACCGCACGCUAAAGGAGAUUAUCAGACACCUGAUGGAUCCAGACACAUUCACUUUCAACUUUAACAAUGACCCUUUGGUCCUUCGACGGCACCAGACCUACUUGUGCUAUGAGGUGGAGCGCCUGGACAAUGGCACCUGGGUCCUGAUGGACCAGCACAUGGGCUUUCUAUGCAACGAGGCUAAGAAUCUUCUCUGUGGCUUUUACGGCCGCCAUGCGGAGCUGCGCUUCUUGGACCUGGUUCCUUCUUUGCAGUUGGACCCGGCCCAGAUCUACAGGGUCACUUGGUUCAUCUCCUGGAGCCCCUGCUUCUCCUGGGGCUGUGCCGGACAAGUGCGUGCGUUCCUUCAGGAGAACACACACGUGAGACUGCGCAUCUUCGCUGCCCGCAUCUAUGAUUACGACCCCCUAUAUAAGGAGGCGCUGCAAAUGCUGCGGGAUGCUGGGGCCCAAGUCUCCAUCAUGACCUACGAUGAGUUUGAGUACUGCUGGGACACCUUUGUGUACCGCCAGGGAUGUCCCUUCCAGCCCUGGGAUGGACUAGAGGAGCACAGCCAAGCCCUGAGUGGGAGGCUGCGGGCCAUUCUCCAGAAUCAGGGAAACUGA